AUGAUUGUGUUUCCAUGUGCUGAGCCUCACAUUAACCUGUUACUAACCCGCUGUGCCACUAACUGUCCUGUAGGAGAACAUUAUAAAGAUUCUGCACUUGAAAAACUGACAGAUUUCCAAGAGCAGAUCUUUAUUUCAGGCAGUGAUGUGACUUUACGGUGUGGCAAUCUCACUGCUGCCAAAUGGAAUGAAUUAAUUUAUAUAAUCUGGAACAUCAGCCUGCAAGACAGAAAAUGUAGAGUUGGUGUGUCACCCAAGCUGGACGACACAUGCAAUGAUGGAAAGAAGCUGGAAAACACCUCAGAUGGAGUUUCUCUAUUCAUUCCCAAGAUUUCAGUUGAAGAUGAAGGGCUUUACUUUUGUGAUUUAUCAUAUAAAGGAGGAAGCUAUGCACUAAAUGUGACUGUAAGCGUUACCAAUGUUUCAACCAAGCAGGACAGUGAAAACAAUCAAAGGACUGCUGUCUGUAAUUCCAAAUAUAAAAUGAAAGCACCCACUCUUCAUUGGGAACCUGCCGUGAACUUUUUCUCCAACAUCAGUUCUGUCAAGAAGCUUGGCAGGUUUUUUAUGUUGGAGAAUAAAGUAUAUCUGCCGGAAAAUCUCAACAUUAGUGAGCUCACCUGUGUGGCCACAUACACGUCUAAGUCCGGCUCUGUGCAGCACAAGAGCACACUUCAUCUUACAGGAAUAAAAUUUUGUCUCAGAAUGGAAGAAGAAACACCCACAAAGAGAUGUUAAAAUAUGGUCGAUAAACAGGAUGUGGACAGCAAACGAAAAGAAAGUGAAUUGGAGGGGUACCUGAGAACUGCUAAAAUCAUUUCAACACAGAGCAUCUUAAGAAUUAAAGCAAAAGCACCAAAUAGUGCAUUAAAUAGUUUCCUUUAUCCUCUUAAUUUUUGUCUGUAAUGAAGAUGCAUUUACAUUGUUAUUUGGCCUCUGAGUUAAAAAAUAAAGUCCAAACAUUUUGCUUGUGUUA